AUGUUUCGAGAUAAUGGAGCUUUGCACCGUCAGCCACAACAACUCUUGCCUUCAAAUAUGGAGCCUGCUGGGGCCUACUCCAUGGCUUUAUCUGAGGUUGAGAUUGUACAGGAGAAGGACUUCCUUACUGUCCUGCAAGUACCAUUGCCUUCAGCAUUGGAGGAUAAUGUUCCCUCAACCAAGACUGCUAUAAAAGCCCUGCUACAGGACAAAGCAAUGUUUCAGGCUGACAUGGCUGUUGUGAGGGAGAAGGUUGAAACACUGACAGGCAGCAUACCAGCACACACAAUGGAUGAAGAUUGGGGAGGGCACUGGUACAGUCUGUUACAAAUGCUGUGGUUAACACCCUACAGAAGAAAUGUGGAGAUUUAA